GGAAAUAGACGCAUUUAUAUGUUAUAUUAUAAAUAUUAUAUAAGAUUUUAAUCUAAAUGUGUUAUUAAAAUAAAUGUCCCUAAAUUAAAAUUUCGAAAUGUUUCGAAUUUUUAAUAAAAAAAUAUUAUUUGGAACAACAUUGCGAUUAACUCCUGCAGCUAUAAUUCCGCUUUUUAAUAGUCCUAAUAAAAAUGACUUUGAUAAUCUUAAAACUAGUCCAAAAGAUGGACCCAUUACAGGAUGGGAAAGAGUUAGACAAAUGUUUACUGUAAAUGAGGAUGAUGUUAUUUCUCUAGAAUUGAAUAAUGUCAUACAAGCUUCACUAUUUGGAUCUUUUGUUGGUGUAUGCUAUGGAGGUUUCUUAAAAUCAAAAGAUGCAUAUAUCUCCUUUCUGGAAAACAAUCAAGCAACUAUUUUCAAUUCUACUUUUGAAGCAAAGAGAAAGUUGCAAGACUAUGUGACUAUAGCUUUUGCAAAAGGCGCAGUCCGUUGGGGUUGGAGGCUUUUUAUCUUUACUGGAAUGUAUACUUUAAUUGCAACGAUAAUAUCAGUGUAUAGAGAUAAAAAUUCUGUGUUGGAGUAUGUGGUUGCUGGUGCUGUGACGGGGUUACUUUAUAAAGCCAAUCUUGGUCUUGCUGCAAGCUUAGUUGGUGCUGGACUAGGUGCUGCCCUAAGUCUUAUUGCUGGUAUAGUUAUAGUGGGUAUUUUGAAAAUCAGUGGUGUAUCAAUGGCCGAUAUUAGAAGAUCACUUUAUAAAUUAAAGGAGAUGAGGGAAGAACAAUACAAUCAAGGCGUGGAAAAUCAUGCAAAGGAAAAACAUGAUAACUUAACAAAACAUCAUGAUCAUUUGGUUGAGUCUAAAGGAAAGACGAAAGUUGAUGAACUAUAAUAUUUCUUUAAUAUGUAGCUUAAAUGUAAAUAAAAUUUAUUAGUUAUGUUUGACCUUUAAAAAAAUACUGAGUUGCAUUAGACAGGUAUAAUGUGAUAGCAACAUAGCCACAACCCUUUAACAUUUGAAUUUUGAUAUCAGAAGCACUUUUAAACAUUCUGAAAUACUGGCAUUCUUUUUGUCCACAAACAUUGUGUUACCUUACAGUUGAGAGAACUGAGGAUUUGACCAUAAUCUAUUUACAUACAUACCUUUACCAUUCAUGAUUUUUGUUAAUAUAAUUUCAUAUUUUCCCUAUAUCUUUCUACCUAUCUACAAACUUAAAAAAUGUGCUUGUAGAUAAAUAACAAUCACAAUCAUAUUGUGUUAUUUAUUGCUAUUAUUAAGGAGUUAUUGUGGAAAAGAAAGAUUAUACAAAAGCAUUUAUUCAUAAAGAGCAUAAAUAUAAAUACUACUAUACAAUUGAUAAGGACCAAGAACUGCAAGAAAAAUUAUGAAUAUUUGACAAAAAUGUAUAAGUUACUUCGUAUCAUACAAAUGAGAAAAAUAUAUUUGUGUGGCCCUUAUACCUGGCAAGAAUAUAAAUAAAAAGCUACAAAUUAUAAAAUAAGCUUAACGAAAAGAUCAAUCAUAUAUUGUAUUGCACAAAAUCUUAAUUACACAUAAAUAAAUCUUUACAAUUAAUACUGUACUUAUUGCUUACAUUCAUUACACCGAAAUUUCAAAGAACAAAUUGAUCUCAAUUUUGUGCUGACUCUCAUCAAUUUAAACUUAGUAUACACAGGGAAGACUACAAUUUUCAUUUAAAAUACAAAAAUACAAUUUUAAAUUGAUUUUAAUGUGAUUUAUAAUUAAAGGUGCUUUAUUUUACCAUAAUCUGACAACACCAAGCCUACAUUAGCUGGCAAGCAUUAUGUUUCUUGAGUAUAAUACAUCCUUAUAUAUUUCAAGUCUCAAACAUUGUCAAUAAGAGCGAAUUCAAGGGUUCAAUGGUUUAAAUAUAAUUCUCUUUUUGAAAUAUGAAAACAAGUUUAGCUGGUGUUGCCACUUUAACAAAAACUUGUAUCAAUACUGGAGUGUAUUAGGGUAUGUGAAUGACUCGAUAGGAUAGUAUAAAUUGGCAAUGUCAGGUUUAAAUAUAUUUUUAUACAAAAAGCGAUCAAUUUUAAGCUUCGCAUAUAUAUCGCAAUAUUUUAAUACUUUCUAGGAAUUAUUCGUGAUUUUAAUUACGUGAGAGAUGAUGAUAAAUGUUUGACAUACAAAAAUGAUUCCUCUCCAUUAUGUUUUUCAUAGUGCCCCAUAAAUUAAGGUCAUACUGAAGUUGACCGAAGGUGUGGCCAA